AUGGCUUCCCUUGUGCGUUCUGCUACUCGUCCUUCCGGGCUCCGAGCCGCCGCUACAGCCAGCAAACCCCUGCGAAGCUUGACCACCGCGGACCGAACAUUCGUUCGUACCAAAGCGACGCUUCCCGACCUUCCAUAUGACUACGGCGCCCUAGAACCCGCCAUCUCUGGCAAGAUCAUGGAGCUGCAUCACAGCAAGCAUCACCAAACAUAUGUCAACUCCUACAACGAGGCUUCCGACAAGUUCGCCGCCGCCGAGGUCAAAGACGACAUUGCAACAAAGAUCGCCCUGCAACCGUUGAUCAACUUCCACGGCGGUGGUCACCUGAACCACUCUCUGUUCUGGGAGAACUUGGCCCCGAAGAAAUCGGGCGGCGGCGAACCUCCUUCUGGAGAGUUGUCCAAGGCCAUCGACAGCACCUACGGAAGCUUGGAAGAGUUCAAGAAGAAGUUUAACGCCGCUUUGGCUGGCAUUCAAGGCAGCGGUUGGGCCUGGCUGGUCAAGGAUACUCAGACAGGAAACAUUGGUAUCCAGACUUAUGCCAACCAAGACCCGGUGGUCGGUCGAUACAAGCCUUUGUUGGGUGUUGAUGCUUGGGAGCACGCCUACUAUCUUCAAUACCAGAACCGGAAAGCCGAGUACUUCAGUGCCAUCUGGGAUGUGAUCAACUGGAAGGCUGCGGAGAAGAGAUUUGGCAGCUAG